AUGCGCAGCGGUAUCAUCCUGUUCGCACAGCAAGACUACGUUCUCAACGACUCCCUCUGCUACAUAGCCAUAACGGAAAAACCCUAUCCUAAAAAGCUCGCCCUCACCUUCCUCGAAGACAUCCGCGCCGAAUUCCAAACCAGCUACAAAAGCGCCGACUACCUCUCGCCGGCCCUUCGUCCAUACCAAUACAGCGAAUUCGAACGAUUCAUCGAGCGAACGAAGAAGACAUACCAAGACAGCCGCGCCACCGACAACCUGGGUAGGCUGAAUGACGAAUUAAAGGAUGUGACGCAGGUCAUGACGAAGAAUAUUGAGGAUUUGUUGUAUCGAGGGGAUAGCUUGGAGAAGAUGGGAGAUAUGAGUAGUCGGUUGCGGGAGGACAGUGCCAAGUAUAAGCGUGCGGCCGUGAGGAUUAACUGGGAGCUGUUAUUGAAGCAGUACGGGCCUUUUGCUGGGCUAGGGUUGGUCAUACUUAUUUUGCUGGUUUGGAGAUUCUGGUGA